AUGUCUGAUAAGAAAACAGUUUAUAUAGGAUCACGUAAAUCACAAUUAGCAUUGGUUCAAACACAUCAUGUGAUUGAUAGAUUGAAAGAAUUACAUGGAUCAAAAUACAACUUUGAAUUAAAGACUUUGGAUACUGUAGGUGAUCGUGUACUCAAUGUUGCUCUAUCAAAGAUUGGUGACAAAGGUCUAUUUACAAAGGAACUAGAAGAUUUAAUGAUAUCUGGUGAUAUCGAUAUAGCUGUACAUUCAUUAAAAGAUAUACCAACAAAAUUCCCAGAAGGAUUAGGAUUAGGAGCAAUAACAAAAAGAGAAAAUUGUUUGGAUGCAUUUAUAGUAAAUGCAAGUAAACAUAGACCAACAUGUACAUUGGCUGAAUUACCAGAGGGUGCAAUUAUUGGAUCAUCAUCACUAAGAAGAGUGAGUCAAUUGAAACGUGCCUAUCCACACUUGCAAUUCAAAGACAUUAGAGGCAAUUUAAAUACAAGAUUUGAAAAGUUGGAAAAGAGUGGAGAGUAUGAUGGAAUGAUUCUGGCGGUUGCCGGUUUGGAACGUUUGGGAUGGACCGAUAGAAUCACAGAGAUUAUUCAACCAACCGUAUCACUCUAUGCAGUCGGUCAAGGUGCAUUGGGUAUAGAGUGUCGUUCAAAUGAUCCAUUGAUCAUGUCAUUGUUGGAACCACUCAACGACAAGGAUACCGCCAGUUGUUGUAUCGCUGAACGUGCCAUGUUGAGUGAAUUGGAAGGUGGAUGUCACGUUCCAAUCGGUGUCAUCUCAUCUAUCGACGUUGAACGCCAAUUAAUCACACUUGAAGGUAUCGUUUUAAAUUUGGAUGGUAGUAGAGCCAUUCGUCUCUCUCAUACCGGUCCACUUGCAUCAUGUCACCAAGUUGGUCGUGAACUUGCUCAACAACUCAUUGAAAAAGGUGCAAAAGAAAUUUUAAAUGAUCUUUCAAAAUAA